AGCACCUGGCCAGAAUUUUUGUUGGGGCUUCCAAGUCCAAUGCACCUACACAACAAGCUUUCUUGCAUGUGCUCCUUCUCUCUUUCUCUCCUAGACAGCUGCAAGUGAGAUGAAAGUGGUCUGAUUCGGACACCACAAGGCGGUGAGAGUCAGAGUAGCUGCUGCCUCUACUGCGUGAAACACUACGUUAACCAACAUUAUACGUACGGAAACAUUGCUCGAUCGUCGACACCACAUUCAAGGGCUAGUUUCCUUCUUGUGCGAUUCGCAACUGACAGAGGAUCGUAGACAACAUUUCCUCCAUCCUUUUGGUUUUCACGUCAAGACAACACCGAGCAACAGAGAGAUGGGCAACUUCGCUGCAUCCGCGGAUUCGGGCGAACCGCCAGCUUCUCUUGCCUCGAAGCAAACACAGGACAAACCCCCUAAUCACAGCAACCUCACCAACGGCGCGUCGACCACCCCUUCUAAGCCAAAAUCAGAACUCACAGCCCUCCAACAACAUGUGUUGUUCUGGGACCGCGACAACGACGGCAUCAUCCACCCUUGGGACGUCUACAACGGGUUCCGCGACCUCGGAUUCGGCGUAUUAUUCUCUCUCGGCUCGCUUCUCAUCCCCUUGUUCUUCUCCUACCCGACAACACUCGCGCACAGCUGGUUUCCUGACCCUUGGUUCCGAAUCUACGUCGGAAGCAUCCACAAAGCGAAACACGGCUCCGACACUGGCAUUUUCGAUGUCGAUGGACAUUUCCACGCCGACAGGUUCGAUGCCAUGUUCGACCGCUGGGACACCUCGCGAUGUGGCGGGCUGAGCAAUGACGAGAUGUGGAGCAUGUGGAAGAAGAACCGUCUUGCCGCCGAUGUGGCGGGUUGGUGUUUUGGAUUCAUGGAAAUGUGGACGACAUGGCUAUUACUCCAGAGAGAUGGGAGAGUGUGGAAGGAGGACCUUCGAGGUUGUUAUGAUGGCACUCUAUUUUGGAAAAUAAGCGAGUCGGCCGAGAAAGGGCAAUGGAAACAAGGCUACGGCAUUGUGGAUUUCUUCGAGGGAAUGGCGGAUGGAGGGACGUGGAAGAAUUGGGAAGUAAAGAAACGGCACCAUGGAGGCUCAUCAGGAUCAUCCUGAUGAUAACCCUCCACCGACGACACAAGACAUUUGACAUGGGGUCAUUAUAUUUCCUGAUAUACCAAGAUAAUCAAAGAGCAGCAUCACGGAAAGCAACGACGGCGGAGCAACCACGCAACACACCAUCAUAAUCACCAAUGGACAGACUAUGCGUGGUCGCGAUAGUGCGCACGGCCUUGUCUCUCCAGCCGCAGAUCUCGCGCAAUCACGACCUUCAAGUCUCAGAGUAAACCUGGAUACCUCCAUGAGACUGCCGGGGUCAGCUUGCAAGCACUCCCGACACUCUACCUCAGCCUUUUAGUUGUCAUUUCCCUUCUUUAUUCAGGACGCUGACUCUUGUCAACUUGGAUGAUAUAAACUGUUCAAGAUAUUAUAUACAGCCCAAAUA